GUCUCUGAGCCCUUCAGACCCUUGCUCGCCAAAGAACACUUCCAAUACCAUGCAUCUCGCACAAGAUACCACACAAGUCAACGGUGCGACGAACUAUGGCAAGAAUGUCGUAGAAAGCCUGAAGAAAGAAGAGCAGAUCGAGCAAGCGGCGGUCUGUAAGCUCACAAACGAACAAGACCAUGUCUUGAAGUCAUUCAGACUGUUGAUUGCAGAUCUGUGUCAACAGUUCAAUGGCGGGCACCCAGGAGGUGCGAUUGGUAUGGCUGCGAUAGGAGUUGCGCUUUGGAAGUGUGUCAUGCGCUAUGCACCGCACACACCGACCUACUUCAACCGCGAUCGCUUCGUUCUAUCAAACGGACACACUUGUCUGUUCCAAUAUUCCUUCCUCCACCUCACAGGCUACAAGGCCAUGACUUUGGAUCAGCUGAAAUCCUAUCACUCUGACCGCGUCGAUGCGCUCUGCCCCGGCCACCCAGAAAUCGAACACGAGGGUAUCGAGGUAACGACAGGGCCUCUUGGCCAAGGUGUUGCAAACGCCGUUGGUCUGGCCAUGGCAACCAAAAACCUACAAGCAACGUACAACAAGCCAGGUUUCGAUGUAGUGUCCAACCACACAUGGUGUAUGAUCGGCGAUGCGUGUCUGCAAGAAGGUGUGGCGCUGGAGGCGAUGUCCUUCGCUGGCCACCUCAAGCUGAACAAUCUAACUGUAAUCUACGACAACAAUCAGAUUACCUGCGAUGGCAGUGUCGACCUUACAAAUACCGAAGACGUCAACAUGAAGAUGCGUGCAUGUGGAUGGGACGUUAUAGACAUCGAGGAUGGCUGCUUCGACAUUGAGGGCAUUGUUGGCGCGCUCAACAAUGCACGAGCUUCCACCGACAAGCCAACUUUCAUCAACGUUCGCACAAUCAUUGGUCUGGGAAGUGCCGUAGCCGGUGAUGCAGUUGCUCAUGGAGCUGCCUUUGGUGCCGCUGAUGUUUCCCACAUGAAGAAGCUGUACAACUUCAACCCCGAGGAGCACUUCGUCAUCAGCGAAACCGUUCGCGGGUUCUUUGCGGAUCUACCGUCGAGAGGUGAGGAGCUGGUUCAAUCCUGGGAGAAAACCGUGCAAGAGUACGAGGCGAUGUACCCUGAGCUUGGUGCUGAAUUCAGGAACCGCGUAGGGGGUCAUCUUCCUGGGAACUGGAAGGAUCUGAUACCUACCUCAUUCCCUGGACAGCCCACAGCCACAAGGAAAUCAUCUGGUUUGGUGUUCAACCCCAUUGCACAGGAGGUCAAGAACUUCGUGGUUGGCACCGCCGAUCUUUCUCCUUCGGUCAACAUGAUGUGGAAAGACAAGGUCGACUUCCAGCAUCCUGAUCUGAAGACCACCUGCGGUAUCACCGGGAAUUACAACGGCAGAUACAUCCACUAUGGUGUACGUGAACACGCCAUGUGUGCUAUCUCCAACGGACUGGCCGCCUUCGCUCCCAAUACAUUCAUCCCUACAACAUCUUCCUUCUUCAUGUUCUACCUGUAUGCAGCACCCGCUGUUCGCAUGGGUGCACUGCAGCAUCUUCAGGUCAUUCACGCUGCCACUCACGACUCCAUUGGUAUGGGUGAGGAUGGGCCAACUCACCAGCCUAUUGAGCUGGCCAAUCUUUACCGCGCGAUGCCAAAUUUGCUCUACAUCCGUCCAGCAGAUAGUGAAGAGACAGCGGGCGCCUGGAUCACGGCCAUUGAGGCUAAAAACACGCCGACCAUCAUUUCCACGUCAAGACACGCCCUGCCGCAACUGCCGCAAACCAAGCGCAACUUGGUAGCAAAAGGCGGCUAUGUCAUCGAAGAGGUUGAAGACGCUGACGUGACCCUGAUUGGUGUUGGUGCGGAGCUGUGCCAUGCCCUUGACACAGCAAAGGAGUUGAAGGCAAAGAACAUCAAAGCUCGAGUUCUCAGCUUCCCCUGCCAGCGUCUCUUUGAUGCCCAGCCAACCCAGUAUAAGCGGGACAUAUUGCGGCGACACAAAGGCAUUCCAGCUAUCGUCAUCGAACCAUACGCGCCAAACGGAUGGGAGCGGUACGCUGACGCGGGAGCUUGUAUCAAGCGCUUCGGACAUAGCCUACCGGGUAAGGCAGCGUACAAGUACUUCGGUUUCGAUACUCCAGCGUUGGUCCAGAAGGUAGAAGAUUACUUACAGCAGGUCCGCGAUGACCCGAUGCUACGCGGUGAAUUUGUCGACUUGUAAGCGGACAUUGAUGGCGUCAUUUCGGAAUGGCUGGGAUUUGUAGCGUGUAGUAGUCAUGACAUAGACCUCUGAUUGUUUGUUUAUGAGAUUCGACGCAUCAAACUGAAAUGACAAAAAGACAGCAAUAGUAAUAUCGCGCUUUCAUC